CGUCAUCUCAAACAAUAAUUUACCUGAAAACUACAGGAGUGGGAAACAACAUCGAAUGAGCUAAAGUGAGACAGCAUGUCUAACGCCGGACUAAUGUCUUCACCCAUAUGUUUGGUGGAGAAUGUGAACGGAUCACUCAGCGUCUGUAAGCAUGCCCUUGAGUUCCUGAGCAGGAUCAAGGAGCCAGUGGUGGUGGUGUCUGUGGUGGGACUCUACCGCACAGGGAAGUCUUACCUCAUGAACCGCCUGGCAGGACAACAGUCAGGCUUUGCUCUUGGCAGUGCUGUUGAAUCAAAGACCAAAGGCAUCUGGAUGUGGUGUGUCCCUCACCCUAAAAAAGAAGGACACACUCUAGUGCUGCUGGAUACAGAGGGACUUGGUGAUGUGGACAAAGGAGACUCUAAGAAUGACAGCUGGAUCUUCUGUCUGGCUGUUCUGCUCAGCAGCACAUUGGUGUACAACAGCCGCGGCACUAUUGAUAACACUGCAUUGGAGAAUCUGCACUACGUUACUGAGCUCAGUGAGCAGAUCAACAUCAGGUCACCAUUACCUAUACCAGAUGGAGCAGCUGAAGGAGAUGAUUGUCAUUUUGUGCGUUUCUUCCCAUCAUUCAUCUGGGUACUGAGGGAUUUCACAUUGAAGUUGGAAGCUGAUGGAAAAAAAAUGACAGAAGAUGAGUACCUUGAGUUUGCCCUCGAUCUGAAGAAAGGUGUGAAUAAGAAAAUCAGUGACUACAACCUGCCUCGUCAAUGCAUCCGAAACUAUUUCCCAUCCCGGAACUGUUUUGUAUUCCCAUCUCCCGCCUCGAUUGAAAACAUAAUACACUUAGAAAACUUAAAAGAACAGGAACUUGUACCAGAUUUUCUGGAGGUCACAGGUCGUUUCUGUGACCAUGUCUUUAAUAAGAGUCCUGUGAAAACUCUGAAAGGAGGACACAGGAUUACUGGCAAAUUGCUCGGGCGUCUGGUGCAGAUUUAUGUGGACACAAUAAGCAAUGGUGAAGUGCCCUGUCUGGACAAUGCAGUUGCUACUCUUGCAAUUUUAGAGAAUGAGGCAGCUGUUCAAAAAGCAAUAAAAGUAUAUCAGAGUGGGAUAGAAGAGGUGAAGAAUAUGUUUCCAAUAAGUGUGAUUGACAUUACCUCAGAGCACCAGAAGUUCAGCAAUCUGGCCAUCUCUGAAUUCAUUAAAGGCUCCUUUAAAGAUGAAAAAGGAGAAUACCUAAUAAAACUGAUGGAAGCUGUAAGUAAAUGCUUUGUAGGCCUACUGCAAGAGAAUGAGAUGGCAUCAGAGAGAAAGUGCAGAGAUAUGCUGAAGAAUCUGUUCUCUGACAUGAAUAAACGGCUGCAGGAUGGAGAGUACAGUAAGUCUGGAGGAUAUGAACUCUACUGCAGAGACAGAGACGCCAUUGUUGAACAGUACCGCAGAGAACCCAACAAAGGUGUAUCGGCUGAGGCCAUGUUGAAUGAGUUUAUGAAGGACCGGGGACCUGAAUCAAAAAGUAUCCUCUGCAUUGAUACAAAACUCUCCGAAAAUGACAGAAAGAUUCAAGAGGAGAAAGAGGCGAGUGCUCUGCUGGAACAGAGGGGUAAAGAAGAAGAGGAGAAAAUAAUAGUGAGAGAGCGAAUGUUGCAGGAAGAGAGAAAACAGCAUGCAGCCAGGAUACAGCAGAUGCAAGAGAAGUUUAAAUCUGAGAUGGAGCAGCAGCAGCAGGAGCUGGACAGAGCUAUGGAGAGCAAACUGAAGGAGAUGAAAGAACUGCUAAUGAAAGGCUUUAAAGAGAAAGCUGAUUUCCUUGAGGAAGAGAUAAACAAUCUAAAAAAAGAGAAGGAAGAAAAAGGUUCUAGCAGUUUUAUGGAUGUGUUGAUGGUACUUAUCAGAAAUAUGGAAAAACUCCUACCUCUAAUGCUUGAGUUCACAGGAAAGAACAGCAAACCAUAGACACUCGUCACAUUAAAGUAAUGCGUUUUUAAGAUUCUUGCAUUCAUAAAAGGAGUAUAGGUCUGGGUGAUAUUUUGAUUGUUUAUGAGUAGUGUCCAAAUUCAUUAUUGUGCAAGAAAGAAAUAUACUGCAGCUUUUCCAGUGCUAUAUUUAUUCCAUAAUCAAAAGUAUGUGUGUAAAUGCAGGGUAACUGAGGUAGUGUUAAUAUCAUUUGGCUGAUCAUGUAAUCCCAAGAAGUCAGCUCUCAUGAGAUAAUCUACUGCAUGCAAAAUAUAGCAGAUUGUUUAGGUCACUAAAAUGACUGGAGUGUUAAGAUGCACCUGUGAAUGUUCAGGAUUUUAAAAAUGUUCUAUAUUUAUGCAUAUAGUAAAACUGUUUGCAAUCAGAACAAAUUAAAAAUAAAAAAAUUUAAAUUAAACUGCUGCUUUAUUAUAAUCUCAGGACAUUAUG